UCCACUCUUUUAUUCCAUCUCACUUCCGCUCUUCCCCUAUCCUUUCAAUCUCUCUCUCCGCCGCUCCGUUCACUUCAAACCCUUCACCGGCGUUCGAAAACCCUAGGCCCUAAUUUCUCCCAUGUCCUAUCAGUCGUUUAGGGUUUAGCUCCGUAAGAUCGUUAUUUAUUCUUAUCCGUCAAUUUAUCUGAUAAAAGUUAGAUUCGGAGGAAUGGCGAGUUCGACUACGAGCAAUGUUUACAUUCACGUCAUCGAAGAUGUCAUCAGCAAGGUCCGUGAUGAGUUCAUCAACAACGGUGGUCCCGGAGAGAGUAUCCUCAACGAGCUCCAAGGAUUGUGGGAGAUGAAAAUGAUGCAUGCUGGGGCAAUAUUGGGUACAACAGAGAGGAAUCCAGCUCCGAAAGGGACCCCUGGAGGUCCAAUAACAACCCCUGUUCAUGACCUUAAUGUGCCUUAUGAAGGCACUGAGGAGUAUGAAACUCCCACUGCCGAUAUACUGUUUCCUCCAACUCCAUUACAGACUCCGUUGCCUGGUACCGCCCAGACACCGCUACCUGGAACAGUGCAGACACCCCUCCCGGGAACUGCCCAAACACCUCUUCCUGGAACAGCAGAUAGCAGCUCAAUGUAUAAUAUUCCUACAGGUGGCAGUACUCCCUUUACACCUAAUGAGUACUCUUCUUUGAAUGAUACUGGUGGUGCAACUGAGAUGAAAGGCGGUCCAGGGAGACCUAGCCCAUUUAUGCAACCACCCUCCCCUUGGUUGAAUCAAAGGCCUCCCCUUGAUGUUAAUGUUGCUUAUGUUGAAGGACGAGAAGAAGUUGAUCGCGGAGCUUCUCAGCAACCCAUGACUCAGGACUUCUUUAUGACGGCUGCUGGAAAGCGGAAAAGGGAAGAUUUUGCAUCUCAAUAUAACAAUGGGGGAUACAUACCUCAACAGGAUGGUGCUGUAGACUCAAUAUAUGACAUCAUGAAGGCUGGUGAAGGCAACACUAUUCAGCUUGAGUUGGUGACCUCUAUCCAGGCUGCUGCUUCUAGAAUUCCUCAAGUUGAUGGUCCAACUGACCAUUACGACGAAGCGCUUUCGACACCCAAUAUCUAUGGUUAUCAAGGGGUGGUCAAUGAAGACUAUAAUAUAGUCAACACACCAGCACCAAAUGAUAUGCAAGCGCCUACUCCUGCUCCUGUCCUUCAGAAUGAUGAUGUUGAUGAUGAUGAUGAGCCCUUGAAUGAAAACGAUGACGAUGAUUUUGAUGAUGUGGACCAAGGGGAGGAUCUAAACACAGCGCAUCUAGUUUUGGCUCAGUUUGACAAGGUGACACGUACAAAGAGCAGGUGGAAAUGCACCCUUAAGGAUGGCAUAAUGCACAUAAAUAAUAAAGACAUUCUUUUCAAUAAGGCAACUGGAGAGUUUGACUUCUGAGGCAGUUGAAGGAAAAUCUAAUUUGGCAGUAAAGGAGCUCAAAUUCAAGAACCGAUCAAGCUGAUUACUUAUUUUGUUGUUGGCAUUUUAAUGGAAGUUAAAACUCCAGGAGACUAAGUUGCUUAAUGUUCAUUGCUAGAGAAGUUUUUUCGUUGGCCGAGUGUAUAUAUAUAGUAAAAGAGCUGCUGCUUGGCCAUAUGGAUUACUUGUUGAUCUUUUGAACUUGAUCUGAGAGGAAAUGUAUAAUUUUCCUGUGUUGUACGCUUUUGGAACAUCUUGGCUAAUUUAAUACCGGUGUUAUCUUUCUUUUCUCU